CCUGGAGACCACGCCUCUGGCCUCCAAUGGGCGGAGGCUGCGGGGCGGGCGGGAGGAACCAAAGCCCCGGAGUCCGAGCUCCAGCCCCUGCCCCGUGCUGCCCGGGCUGCCUCUCCCCACAGAGCCCCAAGCCGCGGCCAGGGCCAGUCCAUCUUCCGCGCCAGUGCCCGCGCCGUGCCCUGCAUCCCGGGAGUCCGACUCAAGCUGCGGCGGCGCGGCAGGUGCCUCCCCUCCUUGGGGACGUGGCCACCAUGUUCUCGUGUGUGAAGGCCUAUGAGGACCAGAACUACUCAGCACUGAAGCGGGCCUGUUUGCGCAGGAAGGUGCUCUUCGAGGACCCCCACUUCCCUGCCACUGAUGACUCACUGUACUACAAGGGCUCCCCAGGGCCCAUGGUCAGGUGGAAGCGGCCCAAGGACAUCUGUGAGGACCCCCGCCUCUUUGUGGAUGGUAUCAGCUCCCAUGACCUGCACCAGGGCCAGGUGGGCAACUGCUGGUUUGUGGCUGCAUGCUCGUCACUCGCCUCUCGAGAGUCGCUCUGGCAAAAGGUCAUCCCGGACUGGAAGGAGCAAGAAUGGGACCCAGAGAAGCCCGACAUCUAUGCCGGCAUCUUCCAUUUCCAUUUCUGGCGCUUUGGGGAAUGGGUGGACGUGGUCAUCGAUGAUCGCCUGCCCACAGUCAACAACCAGCUAAUCUACUGCCACUCCAACUCCCGCAACGAGUUCUGGUGUGCCCUGGUGGAGAAGGCCUAUGCCAAGUUGGCAGGCUGUUACCAGGCCCUGGAUGGAGGCAACACAGCAGAUGCACUAGUGGACUUUACAGGCGGUGUUUCUGAACCUAUUGACUUGACUGAGGGGGACUUCGCCAAUGAUGAGGCCAAGAGGAACCAGCUCUUUGAACGUGUGCUGAAGGUGCACAGCAGAGGUGGCCUCAUCAGUGCCUCCAUCAAGGCUGUGACAGCAGCUGACAUGGAGGCCCGUCUGGCCUGUGGCCUGGUGAAGGGCCACGCAUACGCUGUCACAGAUGUGCGCAAGGUGCGACUGGGCCAUGGCCUACUGGCCUUCUUCAAAUCAGAGAAGCUGGAUAUGAUCCGCCUGAGGAACCCCUGGGGCGAGCGGGAAUGGAACGGGCCCUGGAGUGACACCUCAGAGGAAUGGCAGAAAGUCAGCAAGAGCGAGCGGGAGAAGAUGGGUGUGACUGUGCAGGAUGACGGCGAGUUCUGGAUGACCUUUGAGGACAUGUGCCGGUACUUCACCGACAUUAUCAAGUGCCGCUUGAUUAACACGUCCUACCUGAGCAUCCACAAGACUUGGGAAGAGGCCCGGCUGCAUGGUGCCUGGACACAGCAUGAGGACCCAAGGCAGAACCGCAGCGGGGGCUGCAUCAAUCACAAGGACACCUUCUUCCAAAACCCACAGUACAUCUUUGAGGUCAAGAAGCCGGAAGAUGAAGUGCUGAUCUGCAUCCAGCAACGGCCCAAGCGCUCAACCCGCCAGGAGGGCAAGGGCGAGAACCUGGCCAUUGGCUUUGACAUCUACAAGGUGGAGGAGAACCGCCAGUACCGCAUGCACAGCCUGCAGCACAAGGCUGCCAGUUCCAUCUACAUCAAUUCUCGUAGUGUUUUCCUGCGGACGGAGCAGCCUGAGGGCCGCUAUGUCAUCAUCCCCACCACCUUCGAGCCAGGCCACACUGGCGAGUUCCUGCUCCGAGUCUUCACAGAUGUGCCCUCCAACUGCCGGGAGCUGCGCCUGGAUGAGCCCCCUCGAACCUGUUGGAGCUCCCUGUGUGGCUACCCCCAGCAGGUGACCCAGGUCCAUGUUCUAGGGGCUGCUGGCCUCAAGGACUCCUCCACAGGGGCUAACUCAUAUGUGAUCAUGAAAUGUGAGGGGGAAAAGGUUUGCUCAACCGUGCAGAAAGGGACCUCGUCGCCAGAAUACAAUGUGAAAGGCAUCUUCUACCAAAAGAAGCCGGGCCAGCCCAUCACUGUGCAGAUCUGGAACCACCGAGUCCUGAAGGAUGAAUUCCUGGGUCAGGUGCACCUGAAGACUGAUCCAAAUAACCUCCAGGCCCUUCAUACCCUCCACCUCCGAGACCGCAGUAGCCGGCAGCCCAGUGACUUGCCAGGCACUAUAGCAGUGCGUGUUCUCAGCAGUGCCUCCCUCAUGGCUGUCUGACACAGGCCCACUUUCCUGGACCUACCCGUUCUCGCCACCACCUGCAUGUCCCCACCUGGCCUGGGACCAGCCUGGGAACCAGACACUGGGGUCCUUUCCCAACUCUUCCAGUGACUUGAUGUGUGACCUGAGGAGAGCUCUGGUCCUCUGUGAGCCUCAGUGUUCUGAGGGACCCAAAGCAUUCCUUUCUUGUGGGGGAGUCUUCUUGCUUGAGAUUGAUUAUAGCCCUUUCCACCCAGUGGGCACUGCUGCUAAGGGAAAACCUUUGAAAACCUUUUUCCAGGCCCUGCUGUCUGCCAAGGAGUGCCAAGAUGUCACUAGUUUACACACAAACUGCCAUGUCCCAAGCCCCCUUCUCGCCCCUUGUUUCCUAGCCCUUCCUCACAGUCUCCCAGGUCUUUGCUAUGUAGCCGAGGAUGACCUUGAAUUCACCCUUCUGCCUCUACUUCUCCAGUGCUGAGGUUAGAGGCAUGUGCUACCAUACCUAGUUUAUGUGGUACUCAGGAUGAACCUAGGGCUUUGUGCAUGCUAGGCAAGCACUCUACCAACUGACCUACAGCCCCAGCCUGGUUUUUGAGCCACCUUGAAAGAACUCUUGGUGGGCAUCUGCUGGGAAGUAUGCAAGAGACAUUUGCUCAUUGUCUAAUGCUGUCCCCCCCCCCAUCCAUUAGUCACUCAAUAUAGAGUUAUCCAAUUAGGGCAUGAGCCUCGCCCCCCUCCACUUCUGCUGCAGGCCUCCCCUAUCCUCAGGUCUUCUCAAAGGCAGAUACCUUGCUGAGCAGUAGGCUCUGACUUCACUCCCAUCCCCCAAAGAGCUGUGGCCACAGUGGUGAGAAAAAGGCAUUUUCCUACCUCCACUCCUGAUGUUGGAAGGAGUGGGCCAGGUGGAGUGCUAGAGGGGAACCAAAGGGGCUACACAGUCCUCUGUUGGAAUUUUCCUGGCACAAGGGACUCUGGUGGUGCCAGGCCCACAGGGUCAGGUCAUCUAUUGGGUGUUGCAGGAGAUAAGGACUUACCUCACCUGACCAGAGGCCCUUCCGCUGACAUCCCCCAAAUGGCCAAGGAGGUCACAGUGCUUUUCCUGCUUCCUGGAUCAAAAUGUUCCUUUUGGUCCUCAACAUUUGAUAGCCUUUCUAUUUUAAAAUUUUCAGUGUAAAGGAAAACCUGAUACCCUCACCCACCUUGUUCUUCUCGAACUCAUUUUGUUGGAACUCGAGUUUUAUUUUUACUUUAAUCUGGGAUGGAAAUGGAUAAAGUAGGAACUUCUUAGAGGAGGCCUGGCAAGGAAGGCACAGGGUAACCAAGACCAAGUGGCAGACCCCUGUAAGUGUCACCUGGCAACCAGGAACUGCCACCUACCCUCCAGCAGAACCAGGCCAGCAGCCCUGCCCUUGCUUCCUCCCUCCAAAGUUAGGCCAGGCUGGCUCCUGGCUAUGAAAGUACUUCUGGUCCCCAGGAAUCCUUGGAUUGAGCAGGUGAGGAUAAAGGGUGGAACAGGAGUACAGUGACUCUGUUCAUUCUUUGCGCCCGGGGUCUGCAUGAUAUGGCUGGUUGCAGACUGCAUUCUUGAGGGACUUCAGCACUGGUGCUGUGGCUCACAGGGUCCACUCUGCCUCUCUCGGGCUUCCAGACCAGGCUUAGUAUAUGAAAAAGUGCAGUUGGGUCAAGGGUGGCGAUUUAUUUUGGGAACAUGGCUUUCUGACUCCAGGCCCUGUUGUGCAGUCUUCUUCAUGGCUGGAGGUGCUGAAUUCUGACUGCCACCUUGCUCCAUGGGGGCUCUGUCCUGGCCAAAGGACCCGGCACUGAAAGAUAAGAGGAGUCCUCCAAAGUCGGGGCUUCCCCUCAAGGACUCAAACAUGGGGCUGGGACUGCAUGCCACAGGGGCAAGUCACUUACCUCCUGCGUGUGCCUGGACUCCCCCCUUUUCAAAGUAGGACUGCUGACUCCUAUUUGUCAGGGCUUUUCCUAACAAGUGCUGAAUUCCUCCGUGUGUCUCUGUAUUGUGCCCUAACACGUUCACAUAGUCACUUUUCAAAGGCUGCUUCAAAUGAAAAAUAUGAUCAAGGGGGGAAGAGAGAGUGCCUGUUACACCAGCUUGGGCCUCAGUCCCUGAUGUGUUUAUCUUAGCUCAGCCAUGCACCACCAGGGGCACAGGGCAAACCAGGACCAAGUAGCAGGCUGGUGUAAGCUGCACCCAAGUGACCAAACUCUGCCUCCCAUCUGCAGAAGAAGCGGGCCAGUAUCCCUGCUCUUGCUUCCUCCCUUUCAAGCUAGGCCAGACUGGCUCCUAGCUAUGCAGGGAUCUCUGGUCCCAGGAAGCCUUGGGACCAUGCAGGUGUGGAUAGAGGGUAGAGGAGAGAGGGCAGUGGCUUUACCCCAGUGGUCUUGUGGUGUGCCCUGUUGCAGUCCAGUCUACCUGAAUCACCUAGACCUGGAUUCACUCUUGGGUCAUCGUGCCCUGGGGUCAAGGGAGAGGAGGCCUGUUCUCUCUCAAUAAAUAUUACUGCCAUUCCAGAAAGAC